AUGGCAGCGACAUCAAAUUGGCCCAAUGGAGCUCGUGCAGCUAUUGCGCUGACGCUGGACAACAUGGGAGAAGCUGCUGAUCUGAACCGAGGUCUUUGGCCAGAAUCGCAGCCGAUCGGAUCGCAUUAUUCUGUAACUGAAGCAUUACCCAAGAUCCUCAAUCUACUCAAGAAAUACGACAUCCAAGUCACCUAUUUUAUUGAGAGCUGGAACUUGGAAAGAUAUCCUUCUGCUAUUGCCGACGAAGUAGCUGGCGCUGGCCACGAGGUAGGAUGGCACGCAUAUCAGCAUGAAGCUUGGUACCAGUUAGAUGCGGCUGCUGAACGCGAGAAUUUCAAGCGCAGCUUUGAUGCCUUGAACGAGUUCAUUGCCCCUGGAUCUCCUGGCGAAGGUAAGGUCGGUCUGUACAAAGGCUUCCGGCCACCCGGCGGACCCAUUCAUCACCCAAGAACUCUCGAACUUUGCCACCAAUACGGCCUUCAAUACAUCAGCGCCGCUGCUGAGCAUGCAGCAUUACAAAGCAGUCUUGCUGUGCUCCCAUAUAGGUGGCGGAACGUGGAUGCGUACUUCUACAUGGACACCUUUGGAAAAUUGCGAAUUCUGAAAGGAGAAAAUGACAGUAAGCCUAUUGGCGAGCAUGAACUGGUGCGCCGAUGGAAAGCAGACAUUGAUCACGCCAUUGAACGAGGAGAAUUCCUGUCAAUGUUGUUUCAUCCAUUCCUUACGACAAGCGAAGAAAGACUCAGUGCAAUCGAAGACGUUGUCUCUUACUUGGCACAGAAGCGCGACGAGGGUGCUAUAUGGUAGCAAGAUGUUGUGACAUCGCUGACUACGUUUGUCAAAAUCCUCACUCAGUGUCCACGGAUCCUGUAUGGGAUAAUGCAACUUGGCGAUGAGAAAAAAUACCCACCUGCACUUCGCCCUCGAAGCGUGUUCCAGCGGUCAGGCAUUUAGACGAAGGCUUUCUGAUAAGCCAUCGACGUGUAGAGCGAAUGCAUGACUACAUCUUCGCUGGACACACAGCCCCAGCCCUUGGAUUGACCUAGUGCAGCUUUCACAAACGCGUUUGCUGACCUCGCUCGGGAUUGAGCGCAGGAGCCUCAGCUGAGACUUUAGAUCGCGGACUCUGUCGACUUUCAUCUACAAGACGGAUGCGUCCAACAAGUUUGCCCCGGUCCUCGGUGCAAUCACACUAUGCCGCUACGUUUGGCGAGGCUCCAACAGGUAUCAAAUCCCAGACGAAGCUGGUGAACCAGAUGCCGCCAGUCGCGAAGGACAGGAGAACAGAUCCCACUGGUUUCCCGGCAGCUGCUAUACUACCCGGCUUCCAAGCAAUCUCCGACCUCGAAGCAAGUGCGGAAAUCGUAACAACUUCUCCAUUAGGCUGGACACCGAUGUGCCUCUUCUUGGGAAACAACUUUUGAUCCAUAAGCCGCAAGAGCUGCUCGUCCAGCUAAUAGCGCUCUGAUCGAGCCACCUUUACACUAUUUGGAAAGUCGAGACUUUUCAGACUCAUUACGCAAUCACGCUGCAACUCCUCGGCCUUGUAAUAUAUCCACAUGCAUAUAAAGACCUUGCUGUCUUGCUGGCCGACGGCCCACUCAUUCCUGCCUAUCAAGAGUCCGGAGCGGGCCGAUGCAAGAGACCCAAAAGCAUGAUGGAGCCCUACUGAUAAGGCAGUACUUCAGAGCAGUCCGUUGCAGUCAGAGUUUCG